ACUACAAAUAGGUAUCGCCUGAGUUCAUAGGAACUAUAUUGAUCCUGUUUCUAUAAUUUUGUACUAUAACACUUCUAUGGUGAAUCAAAUUACUAAUUUAGUAUCUAAUAGAUUUUUUCUCUUAGGAAGGAAAAUCGAAGGAUUGUCCAAAAUGUCGGAUGUCAAAUCCAAAGCAGAGUCGAUGCUAUUCGAUGAUGGAUCUACAUACAGAACAUGUUACAAACUACCAGUUAUCAAGGAGUCUGCUCCUACCACGUACCAUGCGAAGGUGACUCCUGAGCUACCGAGGUGGCCGCCUCUCAAAGACGUUCAAACGAUGAGCGAUUGGAAAGCAACCCCAGUACCGUUUCACUUGCUCCACAAACCACGGGAUAUGUCAACUACUGAUAUGGGAAAUGUGGAGAAAGUUUUUGAGAAACCAAAAGACUUGGGCCGAGAACAUGCCCAGAAGACGAGGCCACGUCUCGUCAUGACACCCGCUGUCAGUAUGGACGACGUUGACGACGCUCGUGCAAGAGAAAUCCUGUGCACGGAUAUGUAUACGACUGCAACUAGCAAAGCAUGGAGGGACACGGUGACGGACUAUGUUAGUGUCAGAGCACCUUUAACUCGCAUCCCUGCACCUGCUAAUCCUAUACAGUUGCCAGCAUACCGUCCCCCGUAUGUCCCUCUGGAAUGGAGAAUGGAGUCAGUAACGUGGGACAAGAAACAACUGAGGAGCUACUGUGACCCCACCAGGGAAUUCUGGCUGGCAAAGGGCCCAUCAAAAUGCAGACCUUGUGACGAAUCCGCCGCUGCUCACAGAAAAAUGAAAUAUUAGGAAACGCUAUUUAACUCUGCAUAAUAUUUUCUAAUAUUUAAUUUAAAUUAAUAAUUAUUAAGAUAAACAUACAUAAGUUUUUGAUAGAAUUAUGAAU